CAAAACUGCCGACAAGGAGUACGGGGACGGCAACAGAAAGAUCAAGAAGGACGUUCAAGUCUGACACCAGAGACCAUCUCUGAGCACGGGCAGACGUGUCUUUCUCUACUAUAUGCCAUCACUCAGAACACAGAAACUGGCCUAUAAUUUCCGUCACUGGACACUUUACAAUUACAACUUUUUCAGCGGCUGGAUUCCCACACACUCUCUCCAAGCAAGUUUGUGUCGUAGAUGUGGGCCAAUGAUGAGGGUGCCCGGGAGUUUCUCAUUGCUCCUAAUUUUGCAGGUUAUUACAGGAAGACCUUCAGCUGGAGCCACAGUGAGGCUGGUCAACUCUGACAACCCCUGUUCUGGCAGAGUGGAGGUCUACCAUAAUGAACAGUGGGGGACGGUGUGUGACGAUUCCUGGGACCUGAAUGAUGCCAACGUGGUGUGCAGACAGCUGGACUGUGGCAGGGCUCGUUCAGCUCCACAAAGUGCAGCUUUUGGACAGGGCAGUGGACUCAUCUGGUUGGAUGAUGUCAGUUGUUCAGGAAGUGAACCAUCGAUAACUGACUGUGGACAUUCAGGGUUUGGAGUCCACAACUGUGGUCAUGGGGAAGAUGCUGGUGUCGUUUGUGAACCUGGACCCACAGUGAGACUGGUCAACGCUGACAACCGCUGCUCUGGGAGAGUAGAGAUCUACCAUAGUGGACAGUGGGGGACGGUGUGUGACGAUUCCUGGGACCUGAAUGAUGCCAAUGUGGUGUGCAGACAGCUGGGCUGUGGCAGGGCUCGUUCAGCUCCACAAAGUGCAGCUUUUGGACAGGGCAGUGGACUCAUCUGGUUGGAUGAUGUCAGUUGUUCAGGAAGUGAACCAUCGAUAACUGACUGCAGACAUCCAGAGUUUGGGGUCCACAACUGUGGUCACGGUGAAGAUGCCAGUGUCAUCUGUGACGAGCCAAGCAGCACAAUUUUUCCAACCACACCUGAUCCAACACCUCAGGACUUCACCACAGCUCAGGUGACAGCUGACAUCACUGCUACAACAACAGCUGACAACAGCACAGCAGCUGAGGGACAGGUCCGCCUGGCCAACGGAGGAAACAGCUCCUGCUCUGGCAGAGUAGAGAUCUACCAUAAUGGACAGUGGGGGACGGUGUGUGACGAUUCCUGGAACCUGCUUCAUGCUCAGGUGGUUUGUAGACAGCUGGGCUGUGGCAGGGCUCGUUCAGCUCCACAAAGUGCAGCUUUUGGACAGGGCAGUGGUCUCAUCUGGUUGGAUGAUGUCAUGUGCACGGGAAAUGAAUCAAAGCUCAUCGAGUGCCGCCACCGAACAUUUGGUUCCCACAACUGUGGUCACGGUGAAGAUGCUAGUGUCGUUUGUGAAGCUGGACCCACAGUGAGGCUGGUCAACUCUGACAACCGCUGCUCUGGGAGAUUGGAGAUCUACCAUAGUGGACAGUGGGGGACGGUGUGUGACGAUUCCUGGGACCUGAAUGAUGCCAACGUGGUGUGCAGACAGCUGGGCUGUGGCAGGGCUCGUUCAGCUCCACAAAGUGCAGCUUUUGGACAGGGCAGUGGACCUAUCUGGUUGGAUGAUGUCAGUUGUUCAGGAAGCGAACCAUCGAUAACUGACUGUGGACAUCCAGAGUUUGGGGCCCACAACUGUGGUCACGGUGAAGAUGCCAGCAUCAUCUGUGAUGAGCCAAGCAGCACAAUUUUUCCAACCACACCUGAUCCAACACCUCAGGACUUCACCACAGCUCAGGUGACAGCUGACAUCACUGCUACAACAACAGCUGACAGGAGCACAGCAGCUGAGGGACAGGUCCGCCUGGCCAACGGAGGAAACAGCUCCUGCUCUGGCAGAGUAGAGGUCUACCAUAAUGGACAGUGGGGGACGGUGUGUGACGAUUCCUGGGACCUGAAUGAUGCCAACGUGGUGUGCAGACAGCUGGGCUGUGGCAGGGCUCGUUCAGCUCCACAAAGUGCAGCUUUUGGACAGGGCAGUGGACUCAUCUGGUUGGAUGAGGUCAGUUGUUCAGGAAGUGAACCAUCGAUAACUGACUGUGGACAUCCAGAGUUUGGGGUCCACAACUGUGGUCAUGGUGAAGAUGCCAGCAUCAUCUGUGACGCUGGAGCCACAGUGAGGCUGGUCAAUUCUGACAACCCCUGCUCUGGCAGAGUGGAGGUCUACCAUAAUGAACAGUGGGGGACUGUGUGUGAUGAUUCCUGGGACCUGAAAGAUGCCAACGUGGUGUGCAGACAGCUGGACUGUGGCAGGGCUCGUUCAGCUCCACGAAGUGCAGCUUUUGGACAGGGCAGUGGACCUAUCUGGUUGGAUGAUGUCAGUUGUUUAGGAAGUGAACCAUCGCUAACUGACUGUGGACAUCCAGAGUUUGGGGCCCACAACUGUGGUCACGGUGAAGAUGCCAGCAUCAUCUGUGACGUUCAACCAGGACCAAGCAGCACAAUUUUUCCAACCACACCUGAUCCAACACAUCAGGACUUCACCACAGCUCAGGUGAUAGCUGACAUCACUGCUACAACAACAGCUGACAACAGCACAGCAGCUGAGGGACAGGUCCGCCUGGCCAAUGGAGGAAACAGCUCCUGCUCUGGCAGAGUAGAGAUCUACCAUAAUGGACAGUGGGGGACAGUGUGUGACGAUUCCUGGGGCCUGCUUCAUGCUCAGGUGGUUUGCAGACAGCUGGGCUGUGGCAGGGCUCGUUCAGCUCCACACAGUGCUCAUUUUGGACAGGGCAGUGGACUCAUCUGGUUGGAUGAUGUCAUGUGCACGGGAAAUGAAUCAAAGCUCAUCGAGUGCCGCCACCGAACGUUUGGUUCCCACAACUGUGGUCACGGUGAAGAUGCUAGUGUCGUUUGUGAAGCUGGAGCCACAGUGAGGCUGGUCAACUCUGACAACCGCUGCUCUGGCAGAGUAGAGAUCUACCAUAAUGGACAGUGGGGGACGGUGUGUGACGAUUCCUGGGACCUGAAAGAUGCCAACGUGGUGUGCAGACAGCUGGGCUGUGGCAGGGCUCGUUCAGCUCCACAAAGUGCAGCUUUUGGACAGGGCAGUGGACCUAUCUGGUUGGAUGAUGUCAGUUGUUCAGGAAGUGAACCAUCAAUAACUGACUGUGGACAUCCAGAGUUUGGGGUCCACAACUGUGGUCACGGUGAAGAUGCCAGUGUCAUCUGUGACGAUCAACUAGGACCAAGCAGCACAAUUUUUCCAACCACACCUGAUCCAACACCUCAGGACUUCACCACAGCUCAGGUGACAGCUGACAUCACUGCUACAACAACAGCUGACAACAGCACAGCAGCUGAGGGACAGGUCCGCCUGGCCAACGGAGGAAACAGCUCCUGCUCUGGCAGAGUAGAGAUCUACCAUCAUGGACAGUGGGGGACGGUGUGUGACGAUUCCUGGGACCUGAAUGAUGCCAACGCGGUGUGCAGACAGCUGGGCUGUGGCAGGGCUCGUUCAGCUCCACAAAGUGCUCAUUUUGGACAGGGCAGUGGACUCAUCUGGUUGGACGAGGUCACUUGUUCAGGAAGCGAACCAUCAAUAACAGAGUGUGGACAUCAAGGUUUUGGUUUCCACAACUGUGGUCACAGUGAAGAUGCCAGCGUCAUCUGUGACGUUCAACUAGGACCAAGCAGCACAAUUUUUCCAACCACACCUGAUCCAACACGUCAGGACUUCAAAAUAGCUCAGGUGACAGCUGACAUCACUGCUACAACAACAGCUGACAACAGCACAGCAGCUGAGGGACAGGUCCGCCUGGCCAACGGAGGAAACAGCUCCUGCUCUGGCAGAGUAGAGAUCUACCAUAGUGGACAGUGGGGGACGGUGUGUGACGAUUCCUGGGACCUGAAAGAUGCCAACGUGGUGUGCAGACAGCUGGGCUGUGGCAGGGUUCGUUCAACUCCACAAAGUGCAGCUUUUGGACAGGGCAGUGGACUCAUCUGGUUGGAUGAUGUCAGUUGUUCAGGAAGUGAACCAUCGAUAACUGACUGUGGACAUCCAGAGUUUGGGGUCCACAACUGUGGUCACAGUGAAGAUGCCAGCGUCAUCUGUGACGUUCAACCAGCUGACAACAGAACAGCAGCUGAGGGACAGGUCCGCCUGGCCAACGGAGGAAACAGCUCCUGCUCUGGCAGAGUAGAGAUCUACCAUAAUGGACAGUGGGGGACGGUGUGUGAUGAUUCCUGGGACCUGAAUGAUGCCAACGCGGUGUGCAGACAGCUGGGCUGUGGCAGGGCUCGUUCAGCUCCACAAAGUGCCCACUUUGGACAGGGCAGUGGACUCAUCUGGUUGGACGAGGUCACUUGUUCAGGAAGCGAACCAUCAAUAACUGACUGUGGACAUCGAGGGUUUGGGGUCCACAACUGUGGUCACAGUGAAGAUGCCAGCGUCAUCUGUGAUGAUCAACUAGGACCAAACAGCACAAUUUUUCCAACCACACCUGAUCCAACACCUCAGGACUUCACCACAGCUCAGGUGACAGCUGACAUCACUGCUACAACAACAGCUGACAACAGCACAGCAGCUGAGGGACAGGUCCGCCUGGCCAACGGAGAAAACAGCUCCUGCUCUGGCAGAGUAGAGAUCUACCAUAAUGGACAGUGGGGGACGGUGUGUGACGAUUCCUGGGACCUGAACGAUGCCAGCGUGGUGUGCAGACAGCUGGGCUGUGGCAGGGCUCGUUCAGCUCCACACAGUGCUCAUUUUGGACGUGGCAGUGGACUCACCUGGUUGGACGAGGUCACUUGUUCAGGAAGCGAACCAUCAAUAACAGAGUGUGGACAUCGAGGGUUUGGUUUCCACAACUGUGGUCACAGUGAAGAUGCCAGCGUCAUCUGUGAUGGACCAAACAGCACAAUUUUUCCAACCACACCUGAUCCAACACGUCAGGACUUCAAAAGAGCUCAGGUGAUAGCUGACAUCACUGCUACAACAACAGCUGACAACAGCACAGCAGCUGAGGGACAGGUCCGCCUGGCCAAUGGAGGAAACAGCUCCUGCUCUGGCAGAGUAGAGAUCUACCAUAAUGGACAGUGGGGGACGGUGUGUGACGAUUCCUGGGACCUGAAUGAUGCCAACGUGGUGUGCAGACAGCUGGGCUGUGGCAGGGCUCGUUCAGCUCCACAAAGUGCACAUUUUGGACAGGGCAGUGGACUCAUCUGGUUGGAUGAUGUCAGUUGUUCAGGAAGUGAACCAUCGAUAACUGACUGUGGACAUCCAGAGUUUGGGGUCCACAACUGUGGUCACGGUGAAGAUGCCAGCAUUGUUUGUGAAUUCCAGCGCCCUCUACUGCAGCCUCCUCAGCUCAUUUGUGGCCAUGAUAAAAUCCAAGUGGGUCUGAAUCUGGCUUACACUACAUCCAUUGGCUUGAACCCAUUCUCCGGACACCUGGCAGCCCGCAACUGCUCCUUGGUCAGAGUGCAUGAUAAUGUAGUUUGGUAUGAAGUGGAGGCUCAGGCAGGUGCCUGUGGAACCAUACUGAGGACCAACCACACACAUGCCAUCUACUCCAACAGUUUAUUUAUCUACCCAACAAAUAAUGUGCCCUUCACCCCUCCUGUGAGACUUCCCUUCUCCUGUCUGUAUCCUCUGGAAACAGACACCAACCUGAAUGUGGCUAUGAUACCGUUCCUGUUGAUGGCAGAUGGCCUUUCGGGCUUUGGUACCAAAGCAAAAACCUCCAUGUGUCUGUUCCGCAACUCCAACUUCACUGAGCCUUAUUCAGCAGGCAGGAUCACCCUUUCAGUGGGCUCAGCUAUAUAUGUGGGCAUCUCUGUAGAGGAGAACGAUCUAAGCUUUGCAGUUGUUCUGGAGGACUGCUACAUCUCUCAGUCAUCAAACCCUGACAAUCCCUCACGAUACUUCUUCAUCCAGAACAAGUGUUCCACUGACCGCCGACAGGUGUCAGUGGUCGAGAGUGGCACAUCCCUACAGGCUCGUUUCUCUGCCCUGUUCUUCCUGCUCCAGGCUGAAUACCAAGACACUUAUCUUCACUGCAGCCUCAGCCUUUGUGACAAGAGGAGCUCCCACUGUGUCCCACCUUGCACAAGUAGGACAUAUCGCUCUGUUUCCAACUCUACUCCUCUGGAACCCCUCACCGUUGGCCCAAUCACUUGGGUCAAGUCACCUGAAUGAGCUGGUAAAAUUCAUUAAUAAUGCAAAUCAUUCCACCUUUUUAUAUUACUUUCUAUCAAGAUGAUCUUCUUAAUCAUAAGAGAUAAAACAAAUAAAAAUAUCUAUUACACUGUAUGAUUAAAUCUUAAUACACCUUGUUCAUUCAAUGUAUUACCUGUGUAAUGAUUCUUAUCAAACUACAAUUAAAAAGAAAUUACUAGAUAUAAUAAAA